AUGGACAAAGAUCUUCCACCUCAAGUAUACUCGUUAGAAAAUGGGUUCGCCUACAGCCAUCAUCCCUAUGGCUCCCAAAUUGCGAGGCCUGAUGGCCCUCUGCUAAUGCAAGAUGUUCAUCACAUCGAGAAUAUGGCCCAUUUCGACAGGGAAAGGAUUCCCGAGAGAGUUGUUCAUGCCAAGGGUGGCGGUUGCCGUUUCGAGUUUGAAUUGACCGAUUCUUUGAGCGAUAUCACCUAUGCCGCACCCUACCAGGAGGUGGGUUACAAGUGCCCGGGCGUGGUCCGCUUCUCCACAGUGGGUCGUGAGCGAGGCUCUGCGGAUACCCUCAGAGAUCCACGAGGAGCCUCUUGGAAAUUCUAUACCAAUUGGGGUAACCAUGACUGGGUUUUCAACAAUACACCAGUCUUCUUCAUUAGGGAUGGCCUCCAGUUCCCACAUUUCAUUCACACACAGAAAAGAGAUCCUCAAUCACAUUUAAACCAGGACAGCGACACUUCAACAUUUUGGGACUUUUUAACGCAAAAUGUGGAAUCUGUUCACCAGAUAGUGUAUAUGUUUGGGCCUAGAGGUACACCAGCUCACUGGGGUGACAUGUCCUCUUAUUCUGGUCACACAUUCAAGUUCAUCAAUAAAAAGAAUGAAUUGACUUACGUGAAAAUUCACGUCCGUCCAGUCAAUGGCUUCAAAUGCUUGAGUACCGAGGAGGCUAAGAAGCUCGCCGGGUCCAACCCUGAUUACAACCAAGCCAAAUUGUUCCGUCAAUUGGAAAAUGGUGAGAAAUCUAAGUACAAUUGCUAUGUGCAAACUAUGACUCCAAAGCAGGCAGAAGAAUUUAGGUACUCAAUCAAUGAUAUAACCAAGAUUUGGCCUCACUCGCAGUUCCCACUGAGGAAAUUUGGUGAAAUCACCCUCACUGAGAACGUCAUUAAUUUCUUCGAGGAAAUCGAGCAGAUUGCCUUCAGUCCAAGCAACACCUGUAUUCCCGGCAUUGAGCCAACCAACGACACUAUGCUGCAGGCUCGUUUGUUCUCUUACCCCGAUACCCAGCGUCACAGAUUAGGUGCUAACUAUGCCCAAUUACCAGUUAACAGACCAAGAAACGCAGGCUGUCCAUAUGCCACUCUCUUCUCCACCGGCAGCAAGACGAGGGAGCAAGCGCUUGGCAACUUCGAUUGCCCCUACACUCUUUCGAAUUUUCAGAGAGAUGGUCCUCAGUGUCUGUACAACAAGGGAGGAGAACCAAACUAUAUAUCCACACUCUCGAAGACAUCCCUCAGCUUCAAGAAUUUGACUGAUGACAGUUUGUCCAAGAAGUUUGCCGGCGUUGUGCUGGAUGAGGAAGCCAAGAGGAGUUUGAUCCAGCAGGAAGCGGAAAGAGAGAGACACGAGAAGAUUAUCAACGGAAAGAUAAAUGAGUACUACUACAAGAGUGGUUUAAGUGAGUUAGAUCUCGAGCAACCUCGCGUCUUGUAUGAGAGGGUUUUUGACGAGGAAACCAAGAAGAUAUUUAUCGACAACGUGGUCGACCAUGUUUCGCUCUGUCUUGACCCUGCAAUCAAGGCGAGGGUCACCCAGUAUUUUGGCUUGCUGAACAGAGAUCUUGGUGCCACACUCGCCAAACACUUGAACGUUGAAUAUCAGCCACUAGACCUUGCAGGUUACGCUAAGGCGGUCGGUAUUUCGAGUGCAGCUUGA